GCAUGCACCAAAACCAACACAACAACCAACAGUUCAAAAUCCAGCACCACAACAACAACAACAACCAGCACAACAACCACCUCCACAACCAGCACAGCAACCAACAGUUCAAAACCCUGCACAACAACCACCUCCACAACCAGCACAGCAACCAACAGUUCAAAACCCUGCACAACAACCACCUCCACAACCAGCACAACAACCACAAACAGAGCAAGGACAUAA